AUGAGGUUGCUACUGACUGUAGUUGUUGCUACAACGUGUUACGGUAAGUUUUUGUUAAUCAUUUGUAAAAUGAUCUUUUAACCAAUACAUAGCUCGUCUUGCUCUACCCUCGCCAUACUAUCAGCCUUAGCUCAGAGCCCUAGCCCUAGCCCAGAGCUUUAGCCCAGAGCUCUAGCCCAGAGGCCUAGCCCAGAGCCCUAGCCCAGAGCCCUAGCCCUACCCUUAGCUCUAGCUUUAGCCCUGGUCUCAGCUCUAGCCUCAGUCAUACCCUUACAGUACACUUUACUAAGGUCUUACUACACAGUAAACUCUAGUAAAAUCAAUAUAUAAAAACAAUAUUUUUAGUUCAUGCCAUGUUUGGUGAGACGGAUUCAUUGAAUCCGUACGAUCCCUACAGUGACAACAAGAACAUGCCCUACCACCCCAAUGACCCUGAUGACAAUGCUCGGAAUGGAGAAGACUUGACUAUCAGCAAGCGUCAAAUUGGUCAGCCAGGACAGCCUGGCCCACCCCCACAGAUUGGUCAACCAGGCCAGCCUGGCCCACCAGCUGGUCCAGCUAGAAUAGCAAGACAAGUCGGUCAACCAGGACAGCCUGGCCCACCAGCUGGUCCGGCUAGAGUUGCUCGACAUUCCGAAGACAAUUAUGAACCGACUGACCCAGUUUACCGCGCUGUAAGACAAGGUGUUCAGCCUGGUCCAGAGCCAAAAGAGAAUCAACCAGUACCACAAGAGCCGACCUUUACCAUUGAACCACCAAGGAUUGGUGAUAACGGUGAGAAUCAUCCAGAAAAACGUCAAAUUGGCCAGCCGGGACAGCCUGGACCAGCUGGACCAACUAUGGUAGAUUCAUCACCUGAGAAGAGACAAGUCGGCCAGCCGGGACAACCUGGUCCUCCAGCUGGUCCUGCUAGAGUAGCUCGUCAAGUAGGCCAGCCAGCUCAACCUGCCCCUCCUCCGCAAAUCGGUCAACCAGGACAGCCUGGCCCUCCAGCUGGACCAACUAGAGUAGUCAGACAAUCUGAUGACUGUGGCUGCGGUGACAGCAUGGCUAGAGUAGCCAGACAAAUUGGCCAACCAGGCCAACCCGGACCCGCUCCAUCUCGAGCAGUUAGACAAAUUGGACUACCUGGUCAAGAGAAACCUUCUGGUGAACCAACAAGAGUAGUACGUCAGUCCGACUGUGGUUGUGGUGAUAGUAUGGCUCGAGUUGCCAGGCAAGUAGGUCAGCCAGCUCAGCCACCAAGAGCAGCCCGACAAGUAGGCCAGCCAGCUCAACCCGCUCCACCACCGCAAAUCGGUCAGCCAGGACAGCCUGGACCACCAGCAGGUCCAACCCGGGUAGCUCGCCAAGUAGGACAGCCAGGACCGCCCGGUCCACCACCACAAAUUGGGCAACCAGGACAGCCCGGCCCGCCUGGUCCUACAAGACUAGCCAGACAAAUCGCCAUGCCAGGCCAACCAGGUCCUCCAGCUGCUCCAGCUAUGUAUACUAGUCAAGACGGACAAAAUUACCCACCAGUCGAACCGGAAAGAGUAGCUAGACAGGUGGGACAACCAGCUCAACCACCAAGAAUGGCGCGGCAAAUUGAAAAAUCUGCUGAACCACCAAAAGUUGUGGCUAGACAAGCUCAACCUGCUCAGCCUGCUCCUCCACCAAGUCUUGGCCAGCCUUCAAGAGAAGGAAAUGAUCUUAGCCAAGCUCGUGAGUCUAAGCAAGUUGGUCAACCUGCCCAACCAGCCGGUCCAAACCGAGUAGCCAGGCAAGUUGGUCAACCAGCCCAACCCCCAAGGGCAGCGAGACAAGUGGGUCAACCAGCCCAGCCCGCUCCACCUCCACAAAUAGGUCAACCUGGUCCAGCCCAGCCUCCAAUGGCCCACCAAAUCGAACAGAUCGAAAACAACCGCUUCAAACGGCAAAUCCCACCACUUUUUGACCACCCCGAACAGAUGCCAACCAUUAAUCAACAUUCCUAUCAAGGUCCACCACCUCAGGUCAUGUCUGGUGAUCAACAACAACAUGAUCAACAAAGGCCAGCUCGAGACAUUGGCCAACCUGGACCGGUAGCACCACCUCAACUAGUCGACCCUACUAGACCACUUGAAGAGCGUAGUCCUAAGCUUCAUAGUUAA